GGAUUGCAGUGAGGGUCCCCCGGCCGCUGGGUGGCGCUGUGAUUUCUGCGCUUUUAGUAAAUAGACGCGCUGACAUUGAACCGGCUACAGGAGGAAUCUCAAACAGGAGUGAUUGAACAGUUUGCGGAUGCGUGAUGCACCCUGUGGGCCAGCGUUCACACACAUUCACAUGUGGAGAGAAAGACACAGAUACAGCCAGCCCCAGAGCCUUGCAUACAGGACUGCUAAGGGCAGUUUAUAUGUUCACCAUUCCUCGAGUGCAUGCAGCUGACAUUGUUGAUUCUUUACCAAAACAUGUGGGCAAGCCGGAGUUCCCAGACACAGGAUGGGACCGCAUUAAAGACAUAUUCGACCGACGAGAUGGACAGGCGUACUCGGAAGAGGUGAAGAAUGUGGCUAAGAGUGCUCUGACAGCUGCCUUGGUGGGACUGUUGUACGGAGGCCUGCCUGGAGCCCGACAUGCCCGUGAGAGGUUCAUCCAGCUGAGCCAGGCUGAGAUCUACCGCAGCAGAGUGGAGGCAGUGCGUUCGGCUCAUAACGCAGCUAUCCGAGGCUUUGUGAGAUACGGCUGGAGGUGGAGCUGGAGAAUCGCCGCUUUUGUGACACUUUUUAACACUGUCAGUACGGGCAUUUCUGUGUACAGAGACAGUAACGCCUUGAGUCAUUUCGCUGUGGCGGGGGCUGUGACCGGAGGUGUGUUCCGAAUGAAUCUGGGCCUCAGGGGAUUGUUGGCAGGAUCUGCUAUUGGUGCUGCGUUAGGUGUGCCUGCUGGGGCGUUAAUUGUUGGGCUUCAGAAGCUGGGAGGAGAGACCAUGCGUGAAAAACGACGACGGGAACGAAGAGAACUGUAUGAGCUAAGGGUGGCUGAAUGGAGUGCACGUCUGCAGCUUACUGACCAGAUAAUCGGAGAAUUUAGUGGCCAGGACCAAGACACAGAAGGUGACCUUCAGCGGAUCCAUGAGCUCCUUAGUCAACCAAGGAACGAAGAAUCGACUAAGGAGACUUAACAGAUCUGAUUAUCGUGACUGACUGAAGUUAUAGAUAAUAACAUGCUCACAAAUGAGAAGUGCUGGCUCUUCUGAUGGGAGAUGUAUUUGCAGGAUUUAAGCUGAAAGAUAAACUGGUUGCUCCCAAACAAACAUACAUUACACAUCAUGUGCUAAAUAUUUUUGCACUUCAGUUCAUUUUCACCCUCGUGUUUAAUUCCACACUGUUCAGAGUGUUGCUCUGUAAACCAACUGAAUAUUUAUUUACUCAUCAUUGUAAAAUAUACAGUAUAUAUAACUUUUAAA